AGACGCUCUAACCAGUCGUUUACCGUGCCCUGUUGCUCACUUAGUUUUUAUUAAAGAAAGCAGUGUUUCCCAACCUUUACUAAGCCAAGGCACCCAUUUGGAGAAAAAAACAAAAUGUCACAAAAGGCAUCUAUACUGAAAAAAUGAUGACAUCAACUCACUGGACUCACAAAUUGACUUAUUGUGAAAUGUGGGCCUCUUUAGUUGUAGUUGACCACAAAGUUAUUAUUCUGUGGUAUGGAUGGUAACAGGUUAAUUGUACCUUCCGCCAUCUUGUGAAAGGCCAUUUGAUUGUUCUGCCUGUCGCUAUACGUCCCUUGCAUUGAUGAACAAAUAGAUUAUAUGUAAGACAGAAAUCCCUUUCUGACCAAUUAAGUGAGACUACGGCACACCUGAUGAUCUCUCACGGCACAGUGGUUGGGAAUCACUGUACGGUAUUAAGGGAUUAAAGUUGAAGGUGGCUCCUGAUGGUGUGCUUUGGUGGUGCAGCGAUAAGGGCGGCUGUGCUGAUCCAGCAGUGGUACCGUCAGUAUGUGGCACGCAUGGAGAUGAGAAGGAGGUACACCUGGCACAUCUUCCAGUCCAUUGAGUACUCGGGAGAGCAGGCUCAGAUCAAGCUGUAUAACUUCCUGGGCUACCUCAUGGACAACUUCACGCCAUCGAGCAGUGAAAGAAACCUGAUCUCGCACAUCUUCCGGGAGAACGAGGUGUGUCGCGACCCCGAGUGGGAACGUUACUUCUGUUACAAGAACAUCGAAGUACCCAAGAUCUACUCGGGACCUCACCUGUGCUUCCCUCUGACGGCAGAGCAGGCCAUCUGCCUAGUGGAGGCCUUCAGGAACAAGAAACAGUUGCACUCGCGUUACGUCCUGCAGCUCCUGCUGGAGACGUGGAAACUGCUGCGCAUGUUGCCCAACAUCAGCCGCGUCUCCACCUGCCACAGCAAAGAAAUCACCAUUUGCGGCGAUCUGCACGGGCAGCUGGAAGACCUGCUGUUGAUUUUCUACAAGAACGGAACGCCAUCCUUGGAGAAGCCCUACGUAUUCAACGGCGACUUCGUGGACCGAGGUAAGGACUCCAUCGAGAUACUCCUCGUCCUCUUCGCCUUCCUGCUCGUCUAUCCCACCGAGGUGCACCUGAACCGAGGCAACCACGAGGACCACAUCAUCAACCUGCGGUAUGGCUUCACUAAGGAAGUGCUGACGAAAUACAAGAUGCACGGCAAACGGAUCCUAAAGCUGCUCCAGAAAAUCUUUAGCUGGUUGCCACUGGCGACGGUGAUCGACCAGAAAGUCCUGGUCCUGCACGGCGGCAUCUCGGAUUCCACGGAUCUGGGUGUGUUGGCUAAAGUGGACCGACACACUUACGUUUCAGCGCUGAGGCCCCCCAAGAAGAAGAAGUACCAGAGCUCCACGGGCACGUCCAUCGACUCCGACGUGGACGAUGACUGGGCCAAUCACAGGCUCCUCAAGCGACGGGCUUCCCUCACGUGUCCUAAAUCAUUGGGCAGCCGCGACAGCUUCCUCAACCGCUCCCUGCAGGACUUUUCCUAUCGGAUCAAGGUCAAUGUGGAGGAUGAGCUGAAGUUCUGCCAGCAGAGAGCCGCACUGGUACAUUUGGGGAGCUUUGGCGCGGAGAAAGAAGGCCAGGCGUCCUUCGACUCGGUCGCUAGUGACAACGCCAAAGAAGAGUGGAAGCAGAUCCUGGACUUGCUGUGGAGCGACCCCAUGUCACAGGACGGCUGCAUACCCAACGAGCUGAGGGGCGGCGGAUGCUACUGGGGCCCCGACGUCACCGAGGACUUCCUGAGCAAGCACAACCUGCAGCUCAUCGUACGCUCGCACGAGUGCAAACAGGACGGCUACGAGUUCUGCCACAAACGCAAGGUCCUCACGCUCUUCUCGGCCUCCAAUUAUUAUGACGUGGGGAGCAACCGAGGCGCAUACGUGAAGCUGGGACCCAACCUCGUGCCUUAUGUGGUUCAGUACCAGGCCAGCAGCAUGACCAGAGAACUGACCUCCCGACAAAGCUUGGGUCAAACAGAGCGCUCGGCCCUCAAGGUCCUUCGGGAGCAGCUGUUUUCCCACAAGUCGGACCUCAUUAGUGCCUUUAAAAGUUUCGAUCGCGACAACACGGGUACGGUGUCCGCGACGGACUGGGCGUCGGCGGUCGAGAGCGCGAUGCGCCUCGGCCUUCCCUGGAGGAUGCUGCGCUCUCGGCUGGUCAGCGGCAGGAGCGGCGAGGGCCUCAUCGACUACCAGCAGUGGUUCAACGAGCUCGCCAUCAAAGGCGCCAACGCUGAUCAUAUUGACCAGUGUCUGCUUGAAACCUUGUACCGCCAUCGCUCCACUCUGGAGACCAUCUUCAGGAUCAUCGACACGGAUAAUUCAGGCUUCAUCUCGCCAACGGACUUCCAUCAGACGUGGAAGCUGCUGAGCGUCUACCUGAAGAUGGAGAUCACCGACGAGGCCAUCUCGGAGCUGGCAGUGGCCAUCGACAGCAACCACGACGGCGCCAUCGACAUCGACGAGUUCAUGGAAGCGUUCCGUCUCACCGACAAGAAGAGUCGGCUGGAGAGGGGACGCAGCAUGUUCAUGGGCACUGCGCCCGACCUCACCGCGCUCGACCAGUGCGAACACAUCUGAACAAGAAGAACAAGUCACAUCUUCAUCUAAAGCAAUUACAUUCACGUCAACCCGCAGCAAGCUUUCAUGGUUAUCGCUAGUGUAGUUUAGUGUAGCUUAAAAAUAUUAGUUUUUCAAUUUUAAAAUAUUUAUUUUUAUGGUGAAUUUUAUGGUUUAUGGUGAAUUUAUAUAUAUAUAUAUAUAUAUAUAUAUAUAUAUAUAUAUAUCAUCCAGCCAUCCAUUUUCUUUACCGCUUAUCCUCAUUAGGGUUGUGGGCGUGGUGGAGCCUAUCCCAGCUAUCGUCGGGCGGUUACACCCUGAACCGGUCGUCAGCCAAUCGCAGGGCGCAUAGAAACAAACAACCAUUCGCACUCACAUUCACACCUACGGGCAAUUUAGAGUCUUCAAUGAACCUAGCAUGCAUGUUUUUUGGGGGGAUGUGGGAGGAAACCGGACCGCCCGGAGAAAACCCACCCAGGCACGGGGAGAACAUGCAAACUCCACACAGGCGAACCCCGAUCCCCCAAAUCAGGCAACCCCUAUGCAAUACCUAUGUAAAAUGCGCACCAUCGAUUCGCUGCGAUCCAUAUGCUGUUUUUUUUUUAACCGAACGUUUGUGUCCCUGUGUAGGCAGUCGAAAAUGCUUAAUGUAAAAAGCUUAACGUGUGAAAACUGCAACUAAUCGUCAUCAAAAUGUAUGUGGACAUCUCUCCUCAUGCCCAAGUCUACCUCUGAAACUAUAAGAACGAUCGCCGCAAUAUGUUGAAUUUUAUGGAAGUUCGUUUUCCUCUCCAUAGGCGCUCAUUAAGCUUAACGUCACUGACAUUGACCCUCGCGUAUUCAGUGUUCGGCAUUCGCAAAUUCACCUCGUAUCAGAUUUCUGUGGGAACAUAGCCGCCAUUAUUCGCGGAACACCGCUUAGUCACGUUUGUUUUUUUAUUUUUUAUUUUGGAGCGACGCCCUCUAUUCACAUAGUUUUGCUAAGAGCGCUGGUCUACUGUAUUAUUCUUUUAAAUACAACCAAUUGUGAAUGAACAUUCUAUAUUCGGUCACGAUACCGCAUAGCUCCUUGAACUGGUCAUAACAUGUUUGCUGUUAAAAAUGUUUGGGCCCUGAAGUUACACAUCCAUAUUGAUUGUUUCUUUGUUUAUUUGUCAGGGGUGUAAACUGGAUUGACCAUGAUUGGUCCAAGUGAGUGACAUCAGCAAACUCUGCAACACUGAGCAUAAGAUGCUCGUUGUGAAUUUUGUGUUCAUUUGAAUUAAGAUGUUAGAAAAAAAAAAAAAAAAAAAAGUUGCACUAUGUUGUUAUUGAUGGUACAAAAUGUGUGUGUGUACUCUUUUUUUUUUUCUUAUUUCGGCACUGAAUGUAAAUGAAAUGCACAAAAGUAUGCACACGGUGCCUUCGUUAGCAGUAUUUGCAUGUACGGUAUUGCGUCAUCCCAAUGUGGAGUCUGGAGUGAGCACUUUGUCUCUGUGCCAAGCAGUUUGUCCUGGACCACAAAAUAAUAUCUACACAGUUCAUCCUCCAUGAUACUGUAGUACAUGAUCAAAGAUUUCUGCAGUUCCAUUCCUCAAUGACUCUUGUUUGUUUGUUAGCCCGGUAAAUGUUGGCUUGGAAACUCUUAUGUUACUGUGUCAAAUUGGAACGUAGAGGAUAUAAAUGGCCGGUGUGUGAUUAUUUGAAUUCAACAUGAGCUUGAAUGUGAUUGGUUCAUUCUGAACAUAGACUCGUCGGAUUUAAAGAGGGUGUGGACACUUGUGCAACCACAUUAUCUCAGUUGUGCAUUUGAACAGUAAACAUUUUAAAGCCACAAUAUUUAUACAUAUGUUUAGUUUGUGUGUUGCAUAAAGUUAAGUGGCAUGUUGACACUCAAAAUAAGUAAUGUGAAUUGAAAGGUUUUUGUACUUCUCUCUGUUUACUUUUUAUUUUAAAUGAUGUACUUAUUUACAUAAAUGUAUACAUUUUGAGGGAAAUUGCUUUAAAACAAUAUAUUACUCUACAUUAUGUGUAAAUAUAAGAUUUAAGGAUGAA